GCUCAGGUUUAUGUGAAGAGUUCCUUAUUUCCACAUUCUCCAUCUCCUUGCCUCAAGUGGAAGUCUCGUUCGCAGGCAAUUUUAACAAUUCUCGAGAACCUUGGAGCUGAUUUCCUCUGCUUACAGGAGGUGGACGAGUAUGAUAGCUUUUACAAGAAAAACAUAGAGAGCCAUGGCUAUUCCAGUAUUUAUAUUCAGAGGAGUGGACAGAAACGUGAUGGGUGUGGAAUUUUUUAUAAGCACAACUGUGCAGAAUUGCUCUUAGAGGAGAGGAUACAGUACAAUGAUCUUGUGAACUCAGUUCAAGAUGAACCAAGUUCAUCCAAAGAUAAACAUACUUAUACACAGGCAGAUGGGGAUAAAAAUGUUGAACUAAAGAAUGCUCGUGGUUCACUCAAUGAUCCAUCAUCAGGUUUUGAUUCCUCAUUAAAAAGUACCCCCAAUGAUCGUGGAGAUCCUAAUGAUCCUCGUGUAAGAUUGAAGCGUGACUGUGUUGGAAUAAUGGCUGCAUUUAAACUCAAGGAUGCUUUUAAUCAUACAAUUAUUGUAGCAAACACUCAUCUUUACUGGGAUCCAGAAUGGACUGAUGUCAAGCUUGCCCAAGCUAAAUAUCUUCUAUCGCGCAUAUCUCAAUUUAAGGCUCUAGUUUCUGACAAGUUUGAUUGUACACCCUCCAUCGUUCUGGCUGGUGACUUCAAUUCUACCCCUGGAGACAAGGUUUAUCAGUAUCUUGUUUCGGGCAACUCUUCAAUUACACCAUUAGCAGAAUGCCUGGAUGAGCUUCCUAUUCCCUUAUCCAGCGUUUAUGGUCAUCUAAGAGGAGAACCACCGUUCACAAAUUGCACCCCUGACUUCACAAAUACACUUGAUUAUAUAUUCUUUUCCCCUGAUGAGAAAAUAAAACCAGUCAGUUUCCUAGAACUUCCAGAACCAAAUUCGCCUGAUGUUCUUGGCGGAUUACCAAACUAUAGCCAUCCAAGUGACCAUCUACCGAUUGGUGCUGAAUUUGAAAUCUCCAGGGAAUAAUGUUAGUCACAAAGCUAAUUUCAAUCUGAUUUCUUAUUUAUGUUUUUUUUUUCACAGUUGUCCUUUUACUACAAGCAUUCAUAUGUUCCUUUUUGGAUAGAACAAGAUAUUUUUUACUUUAUUUUGGAGGUUUCAUUUGUUUGAAUAUUUGAUUUGAUUUCAAGGAUUAAUAAGCAACACUUUUAGGAUCAAUAACCAAAA